GAGCUAGCAGUCCCGGGAGUAGAAGCAGAAGAAAAGAUGGAACCUCCGUAAUUGUUCCCACAUCUCCAGCUUCGAUUCUCUCGCUUCUCCGAUGGCGAUGAGGCACUUCAGAAACCGAUCCAACACCCUGCUCGUUCGUCGCUUCACCUCUCCCCUCUCUCCUCCGCCGCCCAAUCUCCUCCGCGGCCGCGACAACCGCCAUUUGGCCCCCUCCAAUCCCGGUCCCUCCGGCAACGUCUCAGUCCCGCUUAUUCGCAGUCACUACACGAUGAUCCCGCCUUCCAAGUCGCGCCUCUACGCCUCCUUCUUCUGCACCCUCAUACACCUCUUCUUGACCUGCGGUAGGUACGCCAAAGCCGUGGACGCCUUCGCCUCGAUGCGGAGCCGCGGGAUCGUUCCCGGCUUGGCCUCGUGGAACCGGCUCAUCCACGGGUUCAAUGCCUCCGGUUUGCUCUCUCACGUAGGGCUUCUCUACUCGGAGAUGAUCGACUGCGGCGUUGCUCCUAAUAUCUUCACUAAGAAUGUGGUGGUCCACGCUCUCUGCAAAUCGGGGGACGUGAAUUCGGCCCUUGGGUUGCUUUGGAACGACGCGGAUGUUGAUACGGUGACUUAUAAUACGGUCAUGUGGGGAUUCUGUAGGCUAGGUUUGGCGAGGGAUGGUUUUGGGUUGUGCUCGGCUAUGGUGAGGAGCGGAAUUAGUCUUGAUUCUUUUACUUGCAAUAUAUUGGUGAAGGGAUUUUGUGAUAUUGGGAUGGUAGAGUAUGCCGAAUGGGUCUCGGAAAAUUUGGUUAGUGGGGGGAUUAGCAGGGAUGUGAUAGGUCUGAACAUUUUAAUUGGUGGGUAUUGCAAACGAGGUGAUGUGAGUUGUGGACUCGAGUUAAUGGAUGCGAUGAAAGGGCAGGGUUUGUUGGCCGAUAUUAUUAGUUAUAAUACUUUGAUCAAUGGGUUAUGCAGAGUUGGUGAUUUUGUUAAGGCUAACGGACUUAUUGAAGAAAUUUCUAGGAUUAGUGCUACACAAGAUGGAGAGGGUUGUGGGGAUUUGCAAGCAAACCUCAUUACGUACACUACACUCAUAAGUUCGUACUGUAAGAAUAAGAGCCUCGAUGAAGCAUUCUCCUUGUAUGAGGAGGCGGUCAUGAGUGGGUUUUUGCCUGAUGCUGUUACUUAUGGUUCGAUCGUUAAUGGCCUCUGCAAAUGCAGUAGAUUGAGCGAAGCAGGGGUGCUCUUAGGGGAGAUUGAGGAUAUGGGGAUAGAUCAUAAUCAUAUUGUGUUUACUACUUUGAUUGACUCUAAUUUGAAAAAUAGGAAAUAUGCAGAUGCUCUUGCACUUGUGAGCCAAAUGAUAGUUCGUGGGAUAGUUUUUGACGUUGUUGUGUAUACUUCUUUGAUGGAUGGACUCUUUAAGUUAGGAAAUGUCGAGGAGGCAGAGAAGUUGUUUAGGACUAUCAUGAAUGACGGUCUAGUUCCUAAUUACAUCACCUAUUCUGCACUGAUCAACAACUGGUCCAAAUUAGGCUAUAUGGAUAUAAUAGAACGGACACUAGAAAAGCUCGAGAAUGAAAAUAUUGCACCAAAUAUCAGGACAUAUACUUCCAUUAUAUGCGGCUACAUUAAGAAAGGCAUGUUUGAUGGAGCUGUCAGUAUCAAGACGAAGAUGGAUCGGCUAAAAAUAUUUCCAAACAUAUAUACUUAUGCUGCUCUAAUUGACGGCUUCUUUAAAGGAGGUAGACAAGAGGUUGCUCUUGGUCUUUACAGUGAAAUGAAAAGAAGAGGUUUGGAAGAAAAUGAGUUUGUAGUUGAUGCUAUUGUGAACAACUUGAAAAGGGAAGGAAAGAUGGAGGAAGCUGAAGAGCUCCUUAAAGAUGUUGUAUCUAGAGGUCUAUUGCUUGAUCGAGUGAAUUAUACAUCUUGGAUGGAUGGCUUGUUCAAGGUAGGGAAGGAGUCAGAUGCAUUCAAGCUCUCUCAGGAAAUGAUGGAAAAAGAUGUUGGAUUGGAUGUUGUUGCAUAUAAUGUGUUAAUCAAAGGUCUUUUGAAGCUUGGCAAAAAUGAACUGGAACCUGUGUUUGCUGAAAUGAGAGAGAUUGGUUUGACUCCGGACCAUGCUACAUACAAUACGGUGAUAAAAGCAUGUAUUGAGAAAAGGAACUUGGAUAAUGCUCUCGAACUUUGGAAUGACAUGGAGAUCUCUGGGUUAACUCCGAACCUGAUCACAUAUAACAUUCUCGUGAAGGGACUCUGUGAAGCUGGUCUGAUAGAAAAAGCAAUCUACGUGGUCAACAAGAUGCGCAUCCACGGCUUAUGCCCUACCUUCACUAUGUAUAGGGCUUUGCUAGAUGAAUCCUCAAAAGGCAGGAGGGCCGAUGUAGUUUUGCAAAUGCACGAGAGACUUUUAGGAAUGGGGCUUGAACUCAACCAGGCAGUGUGCAACUAUCUCAUAAUUACAUUUUGCAGGCUUGGGAUGACCAAGAGAGCCACUUCGGUUUUGGAAGAUAUGAGGAAAAAGGGGAUCCCGUGUGAUAUAGUUACAUACAAUGCUUUGAUCCUUGGGUAUUGCAAGGGAAGCCAUCUGAAUAAAGCUUUUGCUUUAUACUCUCAGUUGUUGGUUGAAGGGGUUUCUCCAAAUAGUGUGACAUAUAAUACUCUUAUGGGUGGUCUGACUUCUGAUGGUUUAAUGAGAGAAGCAGAUGAAUUAUUCGGCGAAAUGAAGAGAAAAGGCUUACUUCCUGAUGCUAUGACAUACAAUACGUUGAUUACUGGCCAUGGUAAAGUUGGAAACAGAAAGGAGUACAUGAGACUCUAUUGUGAGAUGAUAACUAAAGGCUUUGUUCCAAAAACCAGCACUUAUAAUGUGCUUAUUAGUGAUUUUUCUCAGGUGGGGAAAAUGGAACAGGCUAGAGAGCUGAUGAAAGAGAUGCAAGCGAGGGGUGUGUCGCCUAACUCUGCAACCUACGAUAUUCUAAUUUGUGGUUGGUGCCAGCUCUCCAAUAAGCUGGGGCUGGAUAAAGUGUCCAAAAGGUCAUACAAGGCGGAGGCGAAAAGACUACUAACUGAGAUGGAUGAGAAAGGAUUCAUUCCAUGUGAAAGUACCCUCUCCCAUAUCGGUUUUACCUUUUCAAAACGUGGGAAACAUGUUGAUGCUGAAAGGUAUUUGGCAGAAUUGUACAAAAGGAGAAGUAUGGAUUGAAUGUACUUUAACCAGGUGAGUGGAUACACCAUAUGCUGGUAUCGACCUCUUCAGUGGCUAGGACUAUCUGUAUAGCAGGAUAACCUUCAGCUUCCAUGGGGAAGAUCACCAUCCAGAAUAUGAUGAGAGCAAGCAGUCAUCUAGCCUUCCUUAUAUGGAUCAGUCUUCUUAGGUGAUUUGUCCUCUGUUCCGUUGAGAAGAUUAUACAAAGGAAUUCCUACCAGGGUGUGGGUCAAGAGAGGAGUUCUCCAUUCCUUUUGUUCAUCCUGAAUACACACUUUCUCCUUGUUGCUCUCUCCAACUUACAAGCAAGGCAUCCUGUCUGUAUUCAGGUAUCUUCAUUUCCCCGAGGGAAGGAUUCGUGCUGCAGCUAUAUGAAUAACAAUUCCAUCUCUUGAAAAUCUGACUUCAUCAAAUGUCUUCCUCCCCUAAGUACUCGACUUCCUGGAAUUUUUUUGGUGAAGCAUAUCCAUUGUAAUUUAACCGCUUUCUUAAGCUUUUGUAUAUACACUGAUUAAAGGAAUGCCUGGGUUAACGGAGUGCCUAAAGUUUUUUCCCAAAGGGUUAAAGGAAUGCCUAAAGUUUCUAUAACAUCUUUAUUAUGGGCCUAUCACACUGGAGAUGCAACUUCAGCUCUUGCUGGGGGACCUGCUGAGAUUUAACGCCAUAAAAAUGGUGUUUAAGCAUACCUCAGAGUUCAAAUCAAUGCAACUUAGUCUAUGAUUGGACACUGUCUCGGAGCUGCUGGAGGCUUGGGAGCCAUUGCAAUGGUGAAAGCCAUCACAACGGGGUGGCAAUGUCCCACUAUUAACCAGUUUGUAUGUACUUUAUGCUUAAUGCUUAUUAUUGAAUAGCUCUAAGCUGUGAACUAGGAAGAGAGUGCUUGUUAGGCUUCAUUGUGUAUGGAAUGAUUGGAUGAAGAGACCCAUGAAAAUUCCCGCUAAACUAAGCUUAAAUUUGUUUGGCAGAUGUCACUGAAAUCUGACAAACUCUUAGUAAAAACUGGAAAGAGAGUGCUUGUGAAAAAAGAAGCCUCAAGUAAUUAGUGUUGUGGCCGAAAGGAAUUUAAAUGCGGGGCAAAAAACAUAUUUAAGCAAAGUUUAUACAUGUUUAUGGAUGAGAACUUAUUCUAAUGAGGAAGCAAAUGACAAAUGACUAAUGUAACUUGUAAUAUUAAGCAUUGGUUAACUUAUUCAUUGGAGUCUUCUCCUUCCUGUCUCAUGCAUACAAAUUUUUGCUUGUGUGAUCAACUAUGUUGUAGAAGAUCUUUGCUUCGGUAGAACAGUGUUAGGCAGCUGGCCGGGGUCUGUUACCUUUGAGUCUGUGGCAUUUAACUCAUCAUCGGGAGAAUCCCGAGACCUCUGUGGAGUUUGACACUGUUACAAACAAGAAUCAGCAACAUGAAGUGAAUGCUGCCAUUUCAAAUUCGUUUGGAUUUGGAGGAAACAACUCGCUGGUGGCCUUUUCAGCAUUCAACCCUUGAUUAUGCCGCUAUUGUUAUGAAUACCCUGAAGAAUUCAUCUUGUUUGUUUGAGAUGCCAGAAGUAAUUUCUCACCGAGAGCUGCCUUCUGCUAAUAGUCUAGAGUUGCUGCAUACCUUGCAUGUCAUUUGCAGGUAAUCAGUAAUUAAUAAUUGCCACAUCCAACUCUGGGGGAAGAACUUUUUAUGUCUGUUCUUUCUUUCUGUAUCACUAGAAGCUAUUUACUAGUUGUAAACGAUUUGCUUCAUCUUUGGGUCUUGCAUUGGCAAAGGAUAUGCUUUAGGCUAUCGUUAUAUUAGUGAUGAUUUAUGAUUUUGG